UUGCCUGUGUGUGUCUCUUGUGGCAAGGAUCGGACAAGAUCAGGAUGAAUCCAGAGUUCAGGGACACACUUCUUCUUCUCCAUAGCAAGCAGCAGGAAGGAUGUGGAGCACCCUGCAAGCUGUCUCUGAACCCACUUUCGACAGGAGUAUCAACUGUGGCAGCCGGAGGCGCUUCUGGGUGCUGGCUGUGGGCUUGGCAGUUGGCGUCUUCCUUCUUGGCUUCCUGAUCGGCUGGCUCAGUAACAGAGAUCAAUCGCCAACGGCAUCUUUUCAUGAGAAGAUGAAGAGGGCAUUUCUGAGGGAAAUUAAAGCGGAGAACAUCAAGGAAUAUUUAUAUAAUUUCACCCGUCAGCCUCACUUGGCUGGCACACUGGAGAAUCUAUCCUGGCUGAACAAAUACAACCAGUGGGAGGAAUUUGGUCUGGACUCAGUUCACCUGGUUCCUUAUGAUGUUCUGCUGUCCUACCCCAAUGAAACCAACCCCAACUACAUCUAUGUUGAUGAGCAUGGGAAUGAGGUUUUCCACACUUCAUUAUUUGAGCCUCCUCCUCCAGGAUAUGAAGGUAUUAAAAAUGUCAUACCACCUUACAGUGCUUUCUCAGCCCAGGGGAUGCCAGAGGGAGAUCUGGUGUAUGUGAACUAUGGCAGCAUAGAAGACUUCCACAAACUGGAGCGAGAGAUGGGAAUUAGCUGCUCUGGGAAAAUUGUCAUUGUGAGAUAUGGGAAAAUCUUCAGAGGAAACAAGGUUAAGAAUGCUGAAAUAGCUGGUGCCAAGGGUGUUAUUUUAUAUUCUGACCCUGCUAAUUCCUGUGCUCCUGGAGUAGAUCCUUACCCAGAUGGCUGGAAUCUUCCUGGAAGUGGAGCCCAACGUGGAAAUGUGCUGAUCCUGGAUGGUGCUGGGGAUCCGCUCACUCCAGGAUAUCCAGCAAAAGAGUACAGUUACCGCUAUGAUGAAGCUGAAGCAGCUGCUCAUCUAUCUAUUCCUGUCCACCCCAUUGGUUACCAUGAUGCUGAAAGGCUACUGAGGGAGAUGGGUGGGCCUCCUCCACCAGAUGACACUUGGAAAGGAAAUCUGCCUGUGCCUUACAACAUUGGGCCAGGCUUUAAAGGGAAUGCUUCCAGAAGCAAAGUCAAAAUGCAUAUCCACAGCUUCAAGGAAGUAAGAAGAAUUUACAAUGUGAUUGGCACUCUCCGUGGUGCAAUAGAACCAGACAGGUAUGUUAUCCUAGGUGGCCACCGUGACUCUUGGGUGUUUGGUGGGAUUGACCCUCAGAGUGGAGCUGCUGUAGUUCAUGAGAUUGUGAGAAGUUUGGGGGAGCUGAAACAGGAAGGAUGGCGUCCUAGAAGAACAGUAAUAUUUGCCAGCUGGGAUGCUGAGGAAUUUGGCUUAAUAGGCUCGACAGAGUGGGCUGAGGAAAAUGUCAAAAUACUACAGGAGCGUGCGGUGGCCUAUAUCAAUGCAGAUUCUUCCAUAGAAGGCAACUAUACCCUUCGAGUAGACUGUACUCCACUGAUGUAUAGCCUGGUGUACAAUCUGACCAAGGAGAUACCAAGCCCUGAUGAAGGAUUUGAAGGCAAGUCUCUUUAUGAAAGUUGGUAUGAAAAAAACCCAUCCACAGAACAUGAAGGUGUCCCCAGAAUCAACAAGCUGGGUUCCGGCAAUGAUUUUGAAGUCUUUUUCCAGAGGUUGGGUGUCGCUUCUGGCAGAGCCCGUUACACAAAAAACCUGAAAGUGGACAAAUACAGUAGCUACCCAGUUUAUCAUAGUGUUUAUGAGACCUAUGACAUUGUGGAACAGUUUUAUGACCCCACUUUUAAGAAUCACCUGGCUGUGGCCCAAGUGCGAGGAGGGCUGCUGUUUGAGCUGGCUGACUCGGUCAUCAUUCCCUUUGAUUGUCGUGACUAUGCCAAAGCACUGAGCAACUAUGCAAGAGUCAUUUACAACAUAACCCUGAAACACCAGGUAGCGCUGAAGACAUAUGAGGUAUCCUUGGAUUCCCUUUUUGAGGCAGUGAAUAAUUUUUCAGAAGCUGCCAGCAACUUUCACCAGAGACUACAAAUUCUGGACGUCAAUAACCCAAUUGAAGUGAGAGCGCGGAAUGACCAGCUGAUGUUUUUGGAAAGAGCAUUUAUUGAUCCUCUUGGAUUACCUGGCAGGCCAUUUUAUAGACACAUAAUCUUUGCCCCAAACAACCACAACAAGUAUGCUGGAGUAUCUUUCCCUGGAAUCUAUGAUGCCUUGUUUGAUAUUGACAAUAAGACAGACAAGCGCAAGGCCUGGGAAGAUGUCAAGAGGCAGAUCUCCAUUGCAGCCUUCACUGUGGCAGCUGCAGCUGGGACUCUGAAAGAAUCAAUGUGAAUGAUUAGAAAUUCAAAGAUGCUAUUGCCUGGAAUUGUACUUACUUUCAUUGCCUGAAACUGUACAUGGUUUUGAGGCUGGGGAUCUGCAGACGAUGGACUUUAUCACACAAGGCUAAAGAGCAGAAUUUCAAGAGGAUAAAAGUGACUGUGGCUGGUACUUACCAUACAUUGUGUCCAUUUUGCUGCUGCCUUGCAUUCCAUUCUCUACUGUAGUGAACUUUGCAUUGAUGGGCAAAUCCCAUCAAUAGGCUCUCCAUCUCACUAGGAUAGGUCCCUUCUGCUGCAAUUCCGUUUUCGUUGUGGCUUCUGAAGAAAUGAGAUCCAUCAGCACAUACUUGCUAAUGCAUCCAUUGGAUUACAUCUUUGAAGAGGUAGAAACAAGGUAUUUGACUAUGUCAGUAUUUGACUCUGUGAAACUCCUUCCACUGUCCGUCAAGAAAUUGCUGCGAUGCCCUCAAAAAUCGAAGUUGAUCUGCAGACAGGGGAAGCAGUGAAAACCAUCUUGGUGUGAAGAGACUGGAUUUCUCUGGUGUUCAGUUUUCUGAGUUCAAAACCUGUGUUGUUACCCAUUAAUUGUAAUGGAUGUGUCCUACAUGAAAUUUAAAUCUAAAGCUAAUUGUUUUCUGAAUGUUGCCUUUUAAUGAUGUAUUUUAUUAUGUAACCAAACCCUCAUGUUUUAGGAUCCAUAUUAAAAGAACAUGCAGAAUGAACAAGUUAACAGAAUAGAUUAGCCUACAUUAUUCUUCCUGGUAGCAGUUUUAUAGAUCAGAUGCUUUCAAAGUUAAAGUGACUGUCAAUCAGACAAGAAAAAGAAGACAAAGGAGUUACUGGAGAAGUAUAACAUUUGAAAAAUCUGCUUCUCAAAGCAGAAUAAGAUUUGAAGAAUGUUACCUUAAGGACAAGAUUCUUAGAAAAUAUUAAUCAAAUCUGCAAAUAAUCAAAUCCACUAAAGUCAAAGCCACAAACUGGGAGGACCAACUGUAGUACAAUCCAUUCUGCUGUCUUAUUUCCCCCUCGUUUUACAAAAUCUUGUCUACAAGAUCCCCUUGCAUACCUAAAGAGGAGGCUCACAUGGAGAAGCUUUGUUUUUAUGCAUUUGUUUUGAUAUAGGGUCUUUCACAGAGUUUGCUAUUGUGUGACUGGUGUGUGUAAGUGUUAUGGGCAGAUUUUUUGAAAAAGAAAAGUGUGAAAGGGAAAGUGACUAACAGUGUCACAUUCUCCUUUGCUUAUGGUUUUUAUCUUUUAAUCAUAAAGAAACUUUUGAAUUUGAAAGUUUGCACAGAAGCUAUUUCUGCCUUUUUCAUUGGCCUCAUAAAAGUAUCAGCAUAAUAGCAGACUUUGGAAUUUGCCUUAUGGUCAGCAUAGCUAACUCUGAUUUUGUAUAUCUUUGAUUAUAACUUUCAUCAUCCCCAGCCUGUAGGACAAUAGUCAUGGAGAAUGGGAGCUAAAGUCCAAAACAACCGGAUGACACCUGAUUAAGGACUGAAUGAAUAUCUGUUUAAGCAAUUGUCAAAUUGGUCUGUCGAAGCAAUUGAUGUUGUCUUCUCAUUCCUGGCUAUGGACCAACUCCUGUUUUUUAACACAAGAGAUGGCUCCUCAGAAUGGCAUUGUGGAAAUUGGUCAUAGCAACAAUGAUUCACUGUGGAAGCUGCAUGAAAUCCAUGCCCUGGCAUUGUUCAACUCUCUCUUUGAAACAUCUCAUCAAACCACCUACCAGGUUAUAUAACA